AUGGAGAAGUUUCCACGGAAUUUCUAUGCAAGGAAUGAUGUGGGUAUCAUCAUUGAUAGAACAUGGAAGAAGCAUGUGGUAGAGAUUAAAAGGUUUGAGGACAGAAUUAUAUCUUUAAGCUUAAUUGUUGGAAAGGACAAUAUCAAUAUCAUUAGCGUCUAUGCACCUCAGGUUAGAGUAGAAGUACAUCUUAAAGGUAAGUUUUGGAAAGAUUUGAAGGGAUUGGUUCAAAGCAUACCACUUGCAGGAAAUAUUUUUAUUGGUGGGGAUCUUAAUGGACAUGUGGGCAAGAAAGUAGGACAAUUUGCUGGAGCUUAUAAUGGUCUUGGUUUUGGGGAGCUUAACAAUAGAGGAUAA